AUGCAAGCCCCAGGCUUAACAAAAUUGCCUAGUCAAUAGAAAGUUCCGAAGUACAGACCUUCCAUCAAUAUAGAUAAUUUGAUUGCCAUUUGCACAGGGAAACUCAAGAAUUGUCCAAAUCACAAGAAGGCUCUUUAUAUUCGCGCAUCAGCCUAUAUCAAGAAAGGAGAGUAUUAAACUGCUAUACAGGAUUGCAAUAAGCUUCUGGAAACAGACAGUGAUAACGUGGGCGGAUAUUAUUUGAGAGGAUGUGCAAAUGAAAAAUUAGGUUAAAUAGAUUUAGCUAUUGAGGAUUUUUCAAAGGUUCUUUCAUUGGAUGAAAAUCAUGUUAAUGCAGCAUUUGCUCGUGCUUCUUGUUUAAAUUUGAAAGGGGAUUUUGCUGGAGCUAUUGAAGAUUACACAAGAGCUUUGGAGAAGGACAAUGCCAAAUCCCUAAAUCUAUCCAAUUCAAUCAAUAAGAGGUCUUUGCUGAGGAAUAGUUCUAUGAAAAAGGAUGAACCAUAUCCAAAGACUGAGGCAUUUUAAUUUACAACCAAAAAAAAUAAAUAUUAACAACCCGAAGAAGAUGAUUUGAUGAACCCUCAGAAUGACGAGGAAUACUUGUAAAAUGAUCAAUCGUAAAUACAAAAUCAGCCCUAGUAGACUAGCUUUAUGAGUUAGAAUCCUCUCUACACGAGUAUCGAUGCGAAUGAAUUGAAUAUUCAAAGGCCGUCUCAAAUAAUCGACAAAGAAAUAUCAUAGCCUAUGCAAUAACAGUUGAUAUCGAUGAUACCAGAAAACAUUCAAAAUGAUAAUAAGAAAAUAUCAGAUUGGUUUCAUUCGCAAGGUUUUGACGCUAGGAAAAAAGAAGACUUUAUCAAGGCAAUAGAAUUCUAUACCAUGGCUUUGAUGUUUAAUCCAAAUCAUUUUAAAUCGAUAUUCAAUAGAGGCUUUGCUUUCGAUAAACUCAGAAUGUACAAUGACGCCAUCAGUGAUUAUACUAAGGCUAUUGAGAUGGAUUCAAAGAAUGCCUAUGCGUAUUAUAACCGAGGGAUUUCUUAUGAUAAAAAAGGAGAUUACAAUUUAGCCAUUAAGGAUUUUGCAAAAUCAAUAGAACUAGAUCCAUCUAAAGCAGACUUCUAUCACAAUAAAGGAUUCGCAAUGAAAAAAAAGAAUUUAGUAAGGGAAGCCAUUCUAGAGUUCAAUGAAUGUAUUCGUUUGGAUAAAAAUCACUUCAAAGCUUAUUAUAAUAGAGCAAAUUGUUAUGAAAAAUUAGGAGACUUUGAUAAAGCAUAACAAGAUUACUUAAUUGCUAAUAAUGUUGUACCAAAUAACCCAAAUACUCUAACUCACAUUGGGAUUUUGAUGGACAGACAAUAGAAAUUGGAAGAUGCACUAAAAUACUUUAAUUCAUCUCUAAAGAUUGAUUAAAAUUAUGCUCCAGCAUACAAUGGAAGAGGCUUAGUUUUUGAUAAAAUUGGAGAAUUUGAGAAAGCCUGCCAAGACUUCAAUAAGGCUAUAGAAAUAGAACCAUAGAAUCCUGUGUAUAUUCAUAACAGAGGCUGUUGUAAAAGGAGCAUGAAUAAGUUUGAGGAGGCCUUGGAAGAUUUUAAGAAGGCUUUAUCUUUGGAUUCAAAGAACCCUAUUAUCUAUUCAAAUAUGGGGUUAGUGUUGAGAAAGAUGGAAGAUUUUGAGACGGCUGUGUAUUGUUAUUCGCAGGAAUUAAUCUAUUCUCAAGAAAACACUAGGACUCUUAAUAACAGGGGGUAUUGCUUGGCCAAGUUGGGUUAGUUUGAUGAAGCUAUAGCUGAUUAUACUAAAGCAAUAAAUUUAGAUCCUGUAAACAUUCAUGCUAUAUAUAACAGAGGGAUUUGUAAUGAGAGGAUUGGAGAAUUUCGUAAAGCUAUAGAGGAUUUUACUUCUGUAAUUCAAUUGUAGAAUGACUAAGGAGCUAAUGCUUACUUCAAUAGAGGGUGUUGUUACGAUAACAUUGGAGAAAUGGAUCUGGCUAUAGCUGACUAUUCCAAGGCGCUUGAAAUUGAUAAUAAAACGAGCAAAAAAUAUUAAAUCACUUAAAGAUCAAAUUUAGUUUUCAAGGAUAAAGUUAAUGAGUUUGAGUGUCCAAUAUGUUUAGAUACUCUAUUUUAACCAGUCACCUUUGAUUGUCAGGUUCACACAAUUUGUUUAGAUUGUGUAAUCGCACUUAAGAAGUGUCCUUUGUGUAGAAAAAGCAUAAAAUUUGUCAAGCCAAAUCUAGAAAUGAGAAAAAUUCUAAAUAGUUUACAAUGUAGAUGUCCUUAAGGUUGUGGGUAGAUUUCAUAUGAAUAUUUAUAUUCUCAUAAAAUUAAUUGCACUUCUUAAACAGAUGCCUAAAAGAUAAUAGCUUAAAAGUUGUUAGUUAUUAAGGAUGAAAUGAUCAAAGUGUUUGAAAAGGAGAUAAAUCCUCAUUUAAAGUAAAUGCAUGGACAAAUUUUUGAUGAUUUCUUAACUGGUUGGGAUUGGCUUUCUUUUAAGAGAGAUGACUGGAAAUGGUGGUGGUGGAGCAAUACUGCAUGGUGGAAUAAUUAGGUAUGUGUGAUAUGCAAUGAUUUAUGGCAUAAGUAUGAGGAUGAAAUUGAAGUGUUUGAAAAAAAUAGAUUAGAAUUAUUGGAUUAAUUAUGA